UCCAUCUGAAGAAGAGGUGUGGAUUUGUUAGUGAUUUGUUGAUUUUACUAAAGGUCAUGACACUGGCCGACUUUUAACCUGGAAGCAGUGCAAUUGUGCCACUCUCAGCUGUUCCAAGUGAGAUCUUAUACUUCUAAGGAACAGACCGUGCGUUCUCAUUGCCAAAUGAGUAUUGACCUCGUCGAGUUAAUUUGAUUGGAACCGACCGUGCGCCAGUUGAUCUGUGAUUCUUCUUGCCUCGCCAAGUGAUUUAUUGGUUUCCAUUUCCUUCUCAUCAGAUUCUUACCAGGCUCCAACUCAAAUGGUGUGCUUGCCAUUGCGACACCAUUAGAGAAGGAGAACUGCAACAUCCUAGGAUUUUUCACGGGAGCUUCUCGUUCUAUUCGAGGAGAGCAUUUCGGUUACUUGGCUCGAGACUGGACUCAUUUUUCCCUUCUGAUGAGUGUCAUUGACACUUCGAACCCCACUCCUUCACCGUGGAGGUCGUUUUUGCCACCGAAACAGUCUCAACCUCUCCGAGGCUGUUUGUACCAAUGCAAAAGGCUUCAGUUGUAAAGCAGAGUGCGAGUUCGGACCGCUCUCAAACAAAGAUUGGGACAGCUGCCAACGGCGGAAAGAGUAAGGACGACAAUUUUGACCUUGAAGAGAACGACAACUGGCCAGAGGUAGAUUUGGGGAACCUCAUCAUUGGACUUGAUGCCGACAUUGACAAGGCCAACACACGAGCCCUGUCGCCUUCCACAAGUACUAGGACGUCUUCACCCUCAGCGGCCAUGUCUGUCUCUAAAACAAAAGCAAUUAUGGGCUCACAGACUGUGACUGAAUCGGUCGUGGGCAAUGGUGCCACACCACCAACCUCGUCUGGACCUGGAGGGAGCACAUCUAGCUCAUCAGGAACAACAUCGAGUGAUAAAAGUUUAAAAGUGAAAAUCAAGAGAACCAAACCAAGUAGUGGCUCCUCGAGGCACCCAGAAGGUAACCUUGAAGUAGUGCAAUCCAAUAAUAGUAACAACAGUGACUUGCCCCAAAACGGUGUUGAACCUAAUAAUAAAACCGUGUCUGGCAAAAGUGAUGUGGGGAAAACUUCGGGUAGCUCUACUCCUCUCAAUGCUGCCGAUGUGAUAUCCGCUGUGACCACUGCGGUUGCCCGUCAGCAUCAGUCAAGCUCGUCAUCGACGAACAAAAAUGUGAUAGGCAAAGUGAAGUUGACUAGUGGUCCCAUGGCGGGUAAUACAUUGACCUUGUCCAAGAGUGGAGCCAAUGGAUCUCCCAAUCAACCGCAAAACGGAAAGAUUUCCAAUGGGAGUGCUGGUGCCUCGUUUAACCCUCGUGCCAACGGGUCCUUGUCACCGACGUCUUUCUCUUCCUCCAGCUCCAUGGUCAAUGGACCCUCAGGAGCUAAUGGGAAUCAAAACGGCCCACCUCCCAACAAAAAACAGAAGGUUGACGCGAGUGUGAGCACGGAUACGGGUACAAUUACCGAGCCAGAGUGUUUAGGUCCUAUGGAUCCUGGUUCUUCGGUCACUCUCGAGGGGAUCGUUUGGCAUGAGACUGAAAACGGUGUUCUUGUUAUCAACGUGACAUGGCGAGGGAAGACGUAUGUGGGAACCCUACUCGAUUCUACCCAACAUGUGCACCAUUGGGCGCCUCCAAGCUCUCGAUACACGGACUCGCCAACCUCCGAAAUCGAAAAUCGGACACCAAAAGGGCGUGGUAAACGAGGACGCGGAGGUCAUUCUGAGCUCGAAGUGCGCAAGAAUCUUCGGAGCAGCAAAGGCAAAGGCCGGAGUGGAAUCACAUUCCCACCCGCGAGUCCAGCCAAAGAGAAGCGAAAAGGUUCCAGCAAAAGUGAUAGUGACGACAAAAAUGGAAGCGGGAGUGGAUCCGAAGACGGGAGUAGCAGUAAAAAGCGGUCGAGGACCUCUUCGCAGAAUUCCCCCGAAGAUGACGGUGACGACUCGGAGAAAGAGGAAAAGACUACCAAAGAUGGGGAGAAGGAGACCAAGUUGAAGGAAGAGAAAGAAGAUGACUCGAUGACGCCUAAAGAUCCUGAAGAGGAGAAAUAUGUCCCUCCUCCACCUCUCCCAUAUGUACUGAUCUGUCCCAAAGAGGGCUGCAACAAAAAAUAUCGCCAGCAUAGUGGCUUAAAGUUCCACGUGUCCUUUGCCCAUAAAGAGUUGCUGAAUGCCCAAGGUGAAAUCAAAGACACCUCCGAAAUUGAACGGAUGGAGCAAGAAGCCAAAGAACGACUCCGAAAAAAGGAAGAGGCUGUCAACGGUGGAAAGACCAACGAUGUCGAUAAUGCCACUGAAGCAGACAAGAGUGAUGAGAGGGAAUCUAAUCAAGCCAAUGAUCCCGAGGAUGUUAAGCCUAACAUUACGACGAAUAAUGAUGCGAAACCAUCUGACGACGCUCUCUCCACUAAGCUGACUACAGCCACAACUGCCACAACAGUCACAACGUCUACAACGGCCACAACAUCGCCUCUGGGAGGUCAUGUCACUCUGCCCCCUCUAAGUGCGUCGUCUUUGGGUAUGCCUCCGUUGUCUCAAAUCAAGCCCAAUUUCACAAACUUGCCAGGGCCACCAGCGGAUGCCAAACCAAUCCCAGUGUCAGCAAUCGAGGGUGUGAUGACCAGUCGACCUCCUCCGCCUCUACUCAACGGGCCUCCGCCAGUGGUACCUGGGGCUGUGACCAGUGGCGGGCCAGCCAUUACCACGCCUGUUUCUCUCAUGGGUGGGAUUCCUAUUUCAUCUCCCCUGGCUCGGGCUACGGAUCUGAAUGCUCGUAAUCCAUUGCUGCCCAAGUCUGUAAUACGGCCACCCAGCAACGCUCGUCCAAUUGUUCCCGCCACUGCUCCACAGCUGCUUCCCUCAGGUCCCCUUGGUCCCUCGGCCAUCAAUUUGAAGCCCAUCCAACCUCGACCCACCAUCAUGCCAGAACCUACUCCCAAUCUGGCAUUAGAUGAGCUUCGUAAGAAGAAAGAGCCUAAAAAGAAGAAGGAGAACUCCCCUGGGACGUCGCCUCCCCGCAGUGGAUCUCAAAAUGGCUCAUCUCCUAAAUCUGGUCAUGGCCACGGUGGUCAGACACCAGAAAAGUCAGACAAUCAACAGCCCCCUGUCAAAAGCCCCGCUUAUUCGGACAUAUCUGAUGAUGGCGAGGAGACAGACAAAAAGAAGACUGCCAAUAUCCCCAACCCACCAGACAACAAACCUUCGUUUGCUGCGCCUUUCGCUCUCUCGCAAUACGCCAUGCCCCCCUCAGCCAGAGCGGCAUUAUCCCCUCAGUUACCAACAGUACCUGUGUCCUCAGCUGCACCGUCUUUAAUUAGGCCUUUGUCCCGUGGAUCUCCUAGCUCCAUGUCCAAAGACCGAGAGAAACAGCAACAACAACAUCAGCAGCAGCAGCAACAACAACAACAACAACAACAACAACUUCAUCAUCAACAACAACAACAACAACAACAACAACAGCCUCGCGGACAGCUUGGGCCUGCCGACUAUCAAAAGUUGAUGCAAGCCUAUGGACUUGGGCAUUUUCAUCCCGGUAUGGAUCCAAACCUCCAUAUGCCUCUGAUGAACAUGGAUCCCAAUUAUAAGGCUAAAGUGGAGAGGGAACUAGCUGAGAAAGAAAAGGCUCUCAAAGAUCAGAUCGAUCGUGAAAAUCGAGAACGGAGUCGUAAAGCCAGUGGUGGGAUCAAGGAAGAGCACGGACACCGAUCAAUGAAUAUGGGAGGUCAUUCCAUGGGUGGAGGAGCGCCGGAAGAUUUGAGGAAACGUGAGAACACAGGGUCACCUGGUGGAUCAUUAAGUGUCAAGUCGGAAUUCAGAGAGGCCAAGUCAGAGCCGGGAAAGAACGAUCAAAAACCUCCAAGUGUUCAUGACGAAGGCGCCAAACCCACUAUGGAAACCCGAGGACCUCCGCCAGGCACUCAAGCUUAUGGGUACAUGCAAGCUCAAAUGUUAAGACAAGGAUUUCCUGGCAUUCCUUUCGAGCACUUACUGGCCAGUGGGGUUGUGAAUCCGUUAAUGUUAGGUGCUGCCGGAGCUGCCUAUGGAGCCAAUCCAUACAUGCCGCCUCAUAUGCGACCUCCUUUUGGGCCUGCUAGUCCCUCUGAUCUUUUGAGGCCACCCAUGUUCCCACCCGUCUCAUCGACGGGCUCAGCCGAAGAUCUCAGGAGUUCGAACACCAAAGCCUUGGAGUUGCUUCAACAACACGCCAGUCAAUACUACGGGAGCCACAAGAUUCACGAGCUGCAAGAACGGGCGCGAAAAUCUCCAAAUCCUGACAAAUUCAGCCACAAGGCACGGGAAAACUUGGCCUCGGCCUCUCCAACUUUGAACCGAAAGAAUCCGAGCACCCCCACGCCGCCUCCAGCCGGUGCCUCAUCAGCCAACCCCAGUAUGGAUCGAUCGCGAUCUCCUCCUCCCUUGAGACAUGUUCAUACUCACACGCACACCCACUUUGGCUUAGGUUACCCGCUACUACCUCCUUCGUCGGUGUCGUUGGCAGGCGUCACGCCUCCAGCUGCACACACAGCUUUCUCCACGGCUGGCUUUAAUCCUCUGAUGCCACCCAAGCCAAAUUUGUCCGGAUUUCCGCCCAAGUGAACUAACUCGCUUCAUUGCAAAGAAAUCAAGAUGACCCGCACCUCUUUAUGUCCACGCUACGGCUGAUGCUCAGGACGUCCGCAGCGAGCGAUAAAACGUGUCUUUCAUUAUUGGGAGCUUCGUCUCUUUCCCAUCCACACACACACCCACUCACACACACACUCGUGCACUCACUCCCUCAAUCACGCAUUCAAUCCCCGUCUCGACGGAUUAGGACUACGUCUCCAAAGCCGUGCAAAUUCGCAAGCUCCAUGAUUGUGCAGUGUCAAGUGUAUCAAGGAGAGGCCAGUGUGGUCUCAUUUUUCGAAAUCGAGCGUCUCUUUCACUUCAAAUACUUUUGGUGUACUUAGUACGCACCUCUUUGUACCUAUUUUUGCUCGCAUGCCUUGCUUUAAAAAGUCCUCUCUUACUCUAAAAAAUGCCCUGAAAUCACCGUUUUGCACAUGGCGAUCGAUCGAUCCCAUGAGCCAUGUCCUCUUUCAAGUGUUUCGGUGUUUUUAAUAUUCAUUCUGAACUACAUACCAUCAUAAUUUAAAUCUAGAAAGUUGAUCGAAUUAUUUUGAUGAUAUGGGUCAUACCUGUACUAAUUACCCAAAUCAAUUUGAUCCCCCCUGAAGUCAACUAUCAAAACAAAUGAUCUUGUCCGAAGAAAUAUGCAUUAACUAUUUUGAUUGAUCGACAAUGAUUAAGUUGCAAUCAGCAAUCCAAAUCAAUUCCAAUCCUUCCCAAACGUUGUCAUAGCCCUUCAACUUCAAUUGGUUUAUGUCAUGUCUGGUCCUAUCCAUACCAUUUCGAGACUAAUAAAGUUUGAAAAUCGA